GUCACAAGUGUAUCAAGACUCAAACCACGCCACGUAUAUCCAAGAAGCUCACAAGGAGAGCAACAAAUGGCCACCACUCAACUUUCCCUCCAAAUCCUCCGCCCUCUACCGGCCGCCAGUCAAACCUGUUGCCAAUCAAGAAAUUCAGCCAUCAGAACUCGGAAAAACUUGAAAUGGGCCCUCAGGCUAAGCCUGGUUGAACAGAACCAGCCACAGUCACAAUCAAGAGGCGUGGACGUGAAACAGCUGGUGGACUUCUUGUAUGAUGAUCUUCCACAUCUCUUCGAUGAUCAGGGAAUUGACCGGACGGCGUAUGAUGAGCGUGUAAAAUUCAGGGACCCUAUCACAAAGCAUGAUAGUAUAAGUGGGUAUCUUUUUAACAUUGCUUUUUUGAAGAAUCUCUUCAGGCCUCAGUUCUUCUUGCAUUGGGUCAAACAGACAGGAACUUAUGAGAUAACUACAAGGUGGACUAUGGUGAUGAAGUUCAUGCUUUUGCCAUGGAAACCAGAAUUAGUGUUCACAGGAACCUCUAUCAUGGGCAUCAAUCCACAGACUGGAAAGUUUAGCAGCCAUCUGGACUUCUGGGAUUCCAUAGAGAAUAAUAACUAUUUUUCUCUUGAAGGUUUGUGGAAUGUAGUUAAGCAGUUGAGAAUUUACAAGACUCCUGACUUAGAAACACCCAGAUAUCAGAUACUGAAAAGGACUGCAAACUAUGAGGUACGGAAGUACAGCCCAUUCAUAGUGGUAGAAGCGAAUGGAGAUAAGCUGUCUGGGUCAAAUGGAUUUAAUGAUGUUACUGGGUAUAUUUUUGGAAAGAAUUCCACGAUGGAGAAAAUACCAAUGACUACUCCCGUGUUCACUCAAGCAAAUGACGCCGGAUUGUCCCAAGUAUCCAUCCAAAUAGUUCUUCCUCUGGAGAAAGAUUUAAGCAGCUUACCAAAUCCUAAUCAAGAGACAAUUAGCAUAAGAAAGGUGGAAGGAGGCAUUGCUGCGGUAGAUAAAUUCAGUGGGAAACCAACUGAGGCUAUUGUUUGUCAAAAAGAGAAGGCACUGCGAUCGUGUCUUCUUAAAGAUGGUCUUAAGCCUAAGAUGGGUUGUUUGCUCGCUCGCUAUAAUGAUCCUGGCCGAACAUGGGAAUUCAUAAUGAGGAAUGAAGUGCUAAUAUGGCUUGAAGAAUUCUCGCUGGAAUAGAGUUAUAACCAUAGCUGCCAUUUACUCUCUGUUGGUCAUCCUCCCCCAUCAGAGGGUGUUAGUUUUGCGAAGUUGUGGACAAAUAUCACUGUAGGCAUACAAAAGCUAUGAUAGAAAGCUUUAAAAAGACGAAUUCAUGUAUCUAAACAGGUUUCCUGCUGUGAUAGACAGCAUAAUGGUGCAAAAGAAUUCUGCAAUCAAUUCCACUUGGUUGGAAAUAGGACUUCUCUUGUUCAUUUUCA